AUGUGCCAUUGUUUCCCAGUCCCAGUUAGCAUUGAUUUAACCUACGAAACCAAAUUGCUUAUACCGGGUUAUGAUGAAAGUGUGUAUCUGAAUGAAACAAGAUUGAUUCUUGAAGAAUAUUUGAAACGAAACAAACUGAACGUUCUAAGGAUUGACUGGCUUAAGCUUUCCAAGCUACGGUGUUAUCCGACGUUUGUUUCCAAUGUGCGGCAUGCGGGAAAAUGUGUCGCCGAUUUUCUCAAAAAGCUUCACACCAAUCACCCCGAGUUCAAAAUCAAGAAUCUUCACGUCAUCGGUUUCAGCCUCGGAGCUCACGUACCCAGUUUUGCCAGUGACUUGCUGCAAGCACAAAUCGGAGUUAAGUUCGCUCGUAUUACAGGUCUCGAUCCUGCUCUACCACUGUUCCUAGCAGCCACACGACGCUGGAAAUUGGAUCCUUCGGAUGCGGAUUUUGUGGAUGUGAUACACACAAACUCCGGAGAGUUUGGAAAAGUCGAACCAUGCGGUCAUGUGGAUUUUUAUGUCAACGGUGGACGAAGGCAGUCAGUAUGCGAGAAUGAUACAUUUCCGGCUCGCUGCAGCCAUCUGAUGGUGCUGCCGUACUUCACCGAUACCAUAUCUACCAACACCGGUUUCUGGACAACACAGUGCGAAAGUUAUUUGGAAUAUCUUUUCACUUCUUGUAGAUUCAACGUUAGUUCUACAGUUGACCAAAACAACCAGACGCCAAUAUCGAUGGGAGAGCACUGUCCAAAAAGCGCCAGAGGAGUUUAUUAUGUUGAAACUAAUUCAUCAUCACCAUUUGCUCUAUAUCAAUACAAAAUAAUGAACAGUAGUAUAGCUGAAUAA